GAGUUUUAUUUGCACCGAUGUCCGAUUCAGGAUGAAGAUGAUGGGUAGUUUCUCCGUAAUUCUUGUAGCCCUUUUGUUCUGGGUGACUUUCUUUCAUGCGGAGACUGCCCGCAUCGACAACAGGGAUGGGGGCUAUUUGAAUGAAAAUAUUGUGGAAACGGUUGCGGAUACGGAAAAAAGAGUGAAAAAAUUGGUGAAUUCUGGAGUGAAGAUGGCUUUGCCCUAUAUGAUGAGUGCUGUGACAGAAAUUCGAUUGAACCAGAGUUGUAUGCGGGGACUGCUGAAAUUAAUGAGGGGUGUAAUGGACAUCAGAGAUUGGGCAAUGAGAAUGGUUGAUGCACUUGGAAAACCUUCUGCAGGAAUACUAGAGGGAACUGCCACGGCCAUGGGCGAUUAUGACGAAUGUCUGGAUAUCGUAGUUCCUAAGAAUACUAGAUCACCACCGCCACCGCCUUGGACAGAAAAUGAAGUGGCUUUCCAUGGGCAAUACUGUGUGGUUCAAAUUCACAUACCAGAACCGCUCAGGCAAGCAGCCAUGGCUUAUCAAGCUGGAAACAGAUCGAAUUCCGCUCUUGCUAAUUCCAAGACGUUUUUGAAAAAUUUGGUCAAAAUUGGUCCUCGAGCAGAUAUUGCAGAUUUACGACUUGGAGUUUGCAUACCAUCCACAUGUGAGAAAAGUGACUUGCAAGCCAUAGUCAACGAAA